AUGCAUUCCCCGCAGCUGGUACUUGUUCUCUUCGGCCAGGCGGCCAUCACCGCCGCCAUGCCCCUCCAGUCCCUCUGGGCUGCCGGGGUGGGCAAGAGGGCACCCGGCGAUCCCGACGCCAUCGAGAAGGCUCUGGCCCCCGUUUCCGCGUCCCUCACGACGCUCGACAACGCCAUCUUGGCUUUGGACGGCGGCCCCGCCACGGCCAACAACCUCCUCAUCGCCUCCCAGCAGACCCAGUCGGCCACGGAGCAGGCCACUGUCAAGAUCCAGAGCUCUGGCGACCUCGGCGUCUUCAGGGCGGCCAGGCUCCGCCGGACGACGGACGAUCUCAUCGAUCAGACGACGACCACGAUCAACGACUUGGUCUCUCGCAAGCCCGUCCUCGACAACAUGGGCGUCAGCGGCGUCGCCUUGGAAUCACUCCAGAAGCAAAAGGUCUCGACCGUGGCGUUGACUGCCGCACUGGAGGACAAGGUUCCCAGAAUCGGCCAGAGGAUCGCCGCCGAUAGCCGAUCCAAGAUCGAAUCCGUACUGGACCAGGGCAUCGCCGCCUACUCGGUGCCCGCUCCCGCUGCUGCCCCGGCACCCGCCCCUCCUGCUGCUGUAGCUCCGGCUCCUCCUGCUGCUGUAGCUCCGGCUCCUCCUGCUGCUGUCGCCCCGGCGCCUCCUGCUGCUGUUGCCCCGGUUCCUGCUGCUGGCCCAGCCAACCCUAGCGGCAUCCCGCUUGCUAGCCCUGGUUCUCCCCGGGGGAGCCCGGUACCUCCCCCGGCGGCAGCACCCUCGCCGGUUCCGGCUGCUCCUAUCCCGCCUGCUGUGCCAGCCGUCGGCGCUCCCCUCCCCGCACCGGUACCUCCCCCGGCUGUCGGUGCUCCUCCUGCGGCUCCCGCUCCUGUUCCCAACGUCCCGGUCCCGCCUCCCAAGAUCACCCCCGUUACCGGCCGCAAGGACAAGAAGAAGAAGAAGAUCGCGGCCUAA